GUUUUACUUUAUAAUUAUUUUGUAGACAUAAUAUUUCUUGGAUAUAAUUUAUGAUAUUAUUUCGUUUUAUUAUUUGAUAUACUAAAAAUCAAAACAUCUUUUAAUACGAAUACUUCAGCAUAACAAAGUCAGUCAAUUUGUGUAAACAAUGGCGGACAGCGCGAGCGAGUUGGAGAGCGAUACCAGUUCUCUUGAUGGCAGUAUUUUACCUAAAACUUCGGCCAACUACCAGAUUGAGCAGUUGAAAAAGCGAAUAGAAUCUUUGCAGCAGGAAAAUAGAGUGUUAAAAGUGGAACUUGAAACAUACAAGCUAAAAUGCAAGCAACUCGCAGAGGAGAAACAAGAAUUGAAAAGGGCGAGCGUGAACAUCCAAGCAAGGGCAGAGCAGGAGGAGGAGUUUAUAAGUAACACAUUACUGAAGAAAAUCCAGCUACUUAAGAAGGAGAAAGAAUCACUGGCCAUGAAUUAUGAACAAGAAGAAGAAUUCCUUACAAAUGAUCUCUCAAGAAAACUAACGCAGUUGCGGCAAGAGAAGGUUGAGUUAGAGGAGACUUUGGAGAAAGAACAAGAGUACCAAGUGAACAAAUUGAUGAGGAAGAUAGAAAAACUGGAGAGGGAUACAGUCUCCAAACAAACCAUACUUGAACAGUUGAGACGAGAAAAGAUAGAGCUGGAGAAUGCUUUAGAACAAGAACAAGAAUCAUUGGUGAACAGACUGUGGAAACGAAUGGACAAACUUGAGGCAGAAAAAAGGUUGUUGCAAGAGAAGCUUGAGCAGCCAGUAACAGAGCCACCAUCCCCUCGUGAUAUAAAUAAUGGAGAUACCGCAGAAAAUCUUUCCACACACAUAGAGGGUCUCCGAGGUGAAGUUACCAGACUUAGGAGACAGCUGAGAUCAGCACAGAUAGAACAUGAGGAGAAAAUGGCGCAUUAUGCUCAAGAGGAGCGUCACAUUCGUGAAGAAAACCUUCGACUACAACGUAAACUACAAAUGGAGAUGGAACGGCGGGAAAGUCUGUGUCGUCACCUGUCUGAGAGUGAAUCUAGCUUGGAAAUGGAUGAUGAAAGACAUUUCAAUGAGAUGACGAAGCAGCAUGAUAUCAGUGGAGGAAGUGGAUCCUCUGGUCACGGACAUUCUAGUACCGGUGGUAGCGGACACAUUCGUCCUCGCACAGUAUCCAGUCCCAUACCCUAUGUAUCACCCAAUUCAUCCAGACCAUUAUCUCCAGCUGGAGGUAUGCACCCAAUCUUUAGCCCCCCAAGUCCCAUGAGAAGAAACACAGGGGAGUCAACAUCAUCUAGAUCAGCAUUUCAUCCACCAGGGUUUGGUACUUCACCCCCGGUACAUACCAGUAGUCAUAUGCCCAUGGCCCACUCUGGACCACAGAGACGUGCAUCUGGUGAUAAAUUUGUCCGUCCCAGCAGUUAUCCUAGUAUUGACAAGAACGAUAAAACUUGAGAAUGUUUCAGGGGGAGAUUACUGAAACAGCUUCAUGUGCUUGCACUUGUUCGAGGGAGUAACUUGUAAUGGCUUAUUAGCAUUUCUGUUCUCGUGCCCUCAUUGGCUUAGCAAUUCAUCCAUGCAGAACUGCAUACUGCCCAGGUGAUCAGCUUUGUAUCUUUCUUAUGUUUUGGUAUAAAGUGUCUUGUUUGGUGCUAUGUCUUAAGCAGAUUUGUAUACAAUAUUGCCUCACGGAAUAGUCAAAUAGACGAGUAUACUUGUCCAAGAUACCUCAAGAACUGUGUAACCUUUAAAUCUUUAUUGCACUAUGUAUGUGCUAUCCACAUUUUAACUCUUUAUAUAAUUAGCACUAUUUUUGGAUCACACAGUUUGUUAUCUUCAGACAAUAUGUAAGAAAUAACAGUAAAGAAUGUUUUUCUUUUCAGCAUUACCUUGCUUCUUAAUAAGUUUUUGAAAAAAUUGCUAGAAUAUAUCAAGAUUUUAUACCUGAAGGUUUUGAAAUAUUAAGAAAUUGUAUAUUUAAAUGGAUUUUUGAACAAAGAUUGUGCAAGUUUAUUUUCAGGAAUGAAAAUAUCAGUUUUCAUGGAUACAUCUGAUGCCCAGUUUUUCAUUUCAUCAGUUUUAUACUUUAAAUCAGUAUUGCUGAACAAUUGUUACGUUUCUCUUGAAAGUGUUGUUAAAAACAAGAUACAUUUAUCAUGAUAAUCUGGAAAUGUAAGUUUUUAAAUGUAUGUGAUUUUGUUAAUACUGACAAAUUUGUAGAAUUGAAAAUCAGACAGUCAGGAAUUGAGAUAAAAUUCUUUAUACAUGUAUAUUUAAAAAUGUGGUUGAAAAAAAAAAAGUUGUAUUUAAUAUUUGAAAAUAUUGUUAUAAGUGAUACAAUUUGUAAUAAGUACUAUAGUUUAUAGGUUUUGAAAUAUCACAAAGAUGAUUUUGUGAGAAGAAUUGUGCAAGGUGUUACAAAACAAACUAUAAAAGACAUCAGUUUUCCCUUAAUUUUGUCUCCUUGUUUAAGCACAGAAUGGGUUAGACAGAAUUUUUACACAGAAUAUAAGAGGGAUUCAUUGAGUAGUAACAUAUACAGAGGUAUUUGAGUUGUGCCUUUGCAUUACUAUGAUUUCCUCUAACAUUGAGACAGUGAGACUUCUCUAUCUAGUCAAAGAUUGUUUUCCUUAAACUUCAUUUUAUUAGUAUGCUUAAGUAUGCUCUUUUUUCUUGAGGUAUUUCUCUGAAACAGACUUACCGCUAUUGGUAGACUAAUUGCUUUUUUUGAAACAGAGCCUGGUGAUACAGAUAUGUUUUGCUUUAUCUGGGGUCUUCGUUUGUGUUUUAUGAUAUAAGUUAUUGUUGCAUCUCAUAAAAUGGGCAUUGCUGUGCUUUACCAGAUUUCAUAGUAUACUUGAAUGAAUCGUCUGUUCUUAAAUGUUCAUGACAUUAUCAGUUAUAAGAAGUUAGGACCUGCUAUCACAUAGUGAUGAAACAUCACACAAAGUUCAUUUGUAUCUGUAGAUAUGUUCUCUGUUUCAUAGAAUUGAGACGUUGUUUCAGUGUAAUUAAUUUUUAAACAUACUUUACAAACUUUGCUUUGUUGUUAGGGCACCGUCUUGUUAUCAGAAUUCUGUACCAUUUCUCACUGCUAGGACCGUGGUGGCUAACUAAUAUCAAUAAAGAAUUCAGUUUUGUUAAAUUCUUAAGAACCACAUGUAUAUUUGUGUUUUCAUACACUGCAGCUAUGUUAUCAAGGACUGUAGCUAUGUUAUUAAAUACUGCAGCUAUGUUAUAAAAGUGUUAUUAAAUACUGUAGGUAUGUUAUAAAAGUGUUAUUAAAUACUGUAGGUAUGUUAUCAAAUACUUCAGCUAUAUUAUUAAAUACUGUAGCUGUACUAUUAAAUACUUCAGCUAUAUUAUAAAAGUUAUUAAAUACUGCAGCUAUAUUAUAAAAGUUACUAAAUACUUAGCUGUGUUAUGAAAUACUGUAGCUAUGUUAUUAAAUACUGCAGCUAAGGUAUUAAAUACUGCAGCUAUAUUAUUAAAUACUGUAGCUAUCUUAUAAAAGUGUUAUUACAUACUGUAACUGUGUUAUAAAAAACUGCAGCUAUGUUAUUAAAUACUGUAGCUAUUUGGGAGAUGCAACAGUGGUUGAGGCAUGAUACAAUUGGCAUUAUAUCCUGAUGUGUUAUCAAUUUAAAUAGCAGGUAGGGAAAAAAUGGAGUAAAAAAUAGUUGUUAUGUUUUGUUGUUGCUUUUCUUCAGUUGUGAAUAAUGUGAUAAUUUUUGUAGCCUGAGCAUUUGCAUUUUUUGGGGCAGAACAGAACUCAUUUUAAUUAAGUUUGUUUUUCAUUAACUAAUAACUCUCAAGUUGCUGUAUCCAAUUUACAUCUACAAAUUAUAGAAUGUCAGUUGACUUUAAGUACCAUCACAUAUGUAUAAAGUGACAUCAGUUUUUGAUUUUCUGUAAAGCAUUGAAAUCAGUGCUUUUACCUAUAUAGUAGUUUUCUUUCAAGCUCACAAAAUUACCGUAAUUCUGGCGUAAAUUUAUCUUAGUUAUGUCCCAUACCCAGUAUGCCAGCCCUUUAAGUGCUUGAACCGGUAAUCAUUAUUUCCGUGCUUAACCCUUAGCCUGCUGGCGGCAAGUGAUUCUGCCUUUGCGACCAGUGCAGACCAAGAUCAGCCUGCACAUCCGUGCAGUCUGAUCAUGGUCUGCACUGUUCGCCAUUCAGAUAGUAUCCUUUUGGUAAGCACCCCUUUUAGCAGUUAAUGGUACUGUCCAAAUUGAAAGAUGGACAAGUUCAUUAUAACAAUUUAGCAGGCUAAGGGUUAACUAUCAGAUUAUUAUUAUUACUGUAUGUUUGCCAGUGCAUGAUGGUGCCAUUUAGAUCUAGUUAUUGAAUUUUUUUAAUGGCAACCAAAGACAGAAAAUUCCAGUUGAUUGAUCUGUUCGCUGAUAUAUUUCUGAUUCACUUGAUACCCUGUCUCAGACAGUUUUUAUAGCCAAAAAUCUGUAUACAAAAAAUAAGAGCUUGGAAAAAAAAUAAAUUUUGAAAAAAACAACAACAGCAAACUGUUAACAGAACAUAUUUUGACAAUUCAGGAUAUACAUGUUGCAAAAUAUAUCGGAGAUGUAUCUGAGUGGUAAUUUGUUAAUGGAAAAUAAAUAUAUAUUUUACUAUGUUCUGUAUACUGGUAAUUUGUGUACACAAGAUAUCCAGGAUUCAUAACUAUAUAGCAUUUUCUUUACUGCCAUAUUUAGUGUACUGCUUGUUGUAAAGAAUUGUUCAGAUUACCAUAUGUAUUACCCAUUAUGAAAAUCAAUUUAAAAUAUUGCAGUAAAUUGCCUAUUAAUUUCCUUAAUAAUUUUGACAAGAACUAUUUUCUGGUGUAUAAAUAUAUGUUGAUAUAUUAGCAAUGCAUAAAACUUUCACCUCUGCUCUACAGGCAGUGCUACCAGUGUAAGAAUAAGUUGACAUGUUUUGUUGGAAGGAAAGAGAAAUUUUAAAAUUUACAUGAUUUUGUUUGGUCUGAGAUAUUCAAGACAUUUUUACACCACAUACUUUAUAUUUGGGUGCUAAAAUAUUCCCUUUAAUUCCAGAAUAUUGGUACAUGUAUAGACAUACUUUUACUCAUGAAUGGAUGGUUUUGUGUGCGUCUUGGAUGUUGUUACAUUAGAUAUGUGCUCAUUAAAUUGGUUCUUACGCAGCUAUUUAUUUAAUUUUUGUAUUGAUAUUUUGAAUUUGUAUGAUAUUCCCGACUUAAUACUGCCCGCAGCUUUACCUGUAUGUCGUUUGCUUUUGUUGUAUCACAAUUGAUUUGACUGAGGGUGAAGUUGACUUAUGUUGUUUGCAUACAUCAGUGAUAGAAGAUGUAUCAGAAAUAUUGUCAAAAUCCGCCUCUCUUUUUUUUUCUCCAAGAGAUAGAUAAAAUACAAAUGUGUAUAAAAACUAUGUUAUCAGCUCACAUAUUAGUAAUAUUAAAGAUAUGUUACUCUUGAAGUGAACUUAAUUGUUAAAGAGAGAUUAUGUUCAUCUGCAGAUACAAUUGAGCAAGGGCAAUAUUUUGUACUAUAUUCAGAAUAUCAUUGUUUGACAGGUAACAUUUAUGCGCUUCAAUUUCCUACUAAGACAUUCAUUCAAACAGCACCUCCCUUCACUGGAAAAUACCACUCCACCAAUUCUAACAUAGCCACUCAAGAUCCACCGUAAUAUUGAGGUCAAAACACAGCACUGUCAAUUUAUACAGUACUGAAAUAUGAGACCAUAAAUUGCAUUUUCUUUUCUGCUACUUUAGAAACUUAGCGUAAACAGAAAUUAAGAUGAUAGGAGCGAUUUUAUCUUCCAAAUAGCAUGAGAGAGGAUUGGGAAUAUUUGAGCCGUGCCAUGGGAAAACCAACAUAGUGGGUAUGCGACCAGCAUGGAUCCAGACCAGCCUGCGCAUCCGCGCAGUCUGGUCAGGCUCCAUGCUGUUCGCUUUUAAAGCCUAUUGAAAUUGGAGAAACUGUUAGCGAACAGCAUGGAGCCUGACCAGACUGUGCGGAUGCGCAGGCUGGUCUGGAUCCAUGCUGGUAGAAUACCCACUAUGUUGGUUUUCCCAUGGCACGGCUCAUUUUAUAUUGAUAUAAAGUAUUUGUAAUUGCUGAAAAGUGAAACAGUGUAUGGAAGAAAUUAUUUCUGUAGUAUGAAAAUGUUAAAAUUAUUUGUUAAAUUUGUUCUGUGGUGAACACCUAAUGAAUGUUGUUAUGGUGAAUAUUUUCUGUUUGUUUGUUUUUAGCCAGUUGUAGUUGUGGAAACAGAUUUAUGGUAUACACAUUGGGACAAAUAUUGUUGGACUUAAAAAGGCUUCUUUUUUUUGGUUUUAAUAUAAAUUUAGAUUAUCAUGGGGUUGCAAUUUUAGAUGUACAGUGUAGGAAUUUAUAUUUCUUACAGCUUUUGAAUUGUCAAAAUAUUCAGGUACCUAAUUAAAAUUGAAUUUUUAUUAGUCUAUUGAACAUUAAUGGUAUGAAAUGGGACACACGCCUGGCAUUUAAGCUGAUACUGUAUCAAAGAUUAUUUUGUACAGGUGGUGCUAAACACCUUUAGUUAAUUCUAUCCAAGAGUGACACAUACUUAGCUAUUUUGACAUAAUGUUUAUCAUUCAGCAAAAUUUUGUCAUUUGAAAUUUUAAAUUUUACAAGAUCAUUACAAGGCUUAGUCACAGUUCAUGUACUGAUACAUGUAUUUUGAGAGUUUACUUUUAACUUGCUUAUGACAGUCAUUCAUUAAGCCCUUGUUUUUAAUUCACAGAUUUUCUCAUCUAUACCAUCAUUGUCAUAUUCCAUUUCCUUAUUAAGGUUGGUUAGAAUAAUCAAUUUUAAAUAUAGACUUUAAAAAAGUAGAAGAGAGGUUGCUAUUUUGUUUGGUUUUGUUGUUGUUACUUUUACAUAGAUGUUAGAAGUUCUCAGCACAGUUUGUUUAGAUUUUCUUUCCAGUUAUUUAUUGAAUUAUUGCUGUAGUACAUAUAGGAAGAGAUGCCAGUCUCUAAUUUUCUGUCUGUUGUAAGGGGUAAUUUCUCUGUUGUCGGGGAGAAUUCCUCAAUUGUUGGGGGAAUUUCUUGUUCACUGGUUCUAAUCCUGUGAUGAUAUGCAGCAUCAUAUCUGUAAUAGGAAAUCAACAUUUUUUAGUGAUAUAUAUAUCAGUGUUAUGUGGAAUAUUACUGAAUUAUAGUGGUUUUGUAAUGAUCAAAAUGAUGUUCUAUAGGUUAUCACUGCUGCUUGUGUUUUCAAGCACAGUAUAGGUAUGUGAAUGGGGUUUACAUUAUAUGUAUGAAAUAGCUGGGUCAGAAUUAAGGAUUAGGAUGUUUUGUAGAAAUGCAGUAUCUUGCUUCUUAGCUUGUUUGGGAUCAAAAGUAGUUUAAGGUUGCAACAAUAUGACAGUAUAAUUCCUCAAAAAUCAUUAAUAUUUGUGGGGGAUUAAUUUCUGUGGGUUUUGUGAUUGCAUCAGUCCCAACAAACAGCAAAUACCUAUUCGUUUUAUCUUCAGAUUUUGAAAUCAACAAAUUCAGAUCCCGUAAAAUAAGGGUUUUGACCAAAACCAUGAAAUUCCAUCCCCAUAAAAUCAAAUGAUUCCAUAGUUUGUGAAAUUUUUAACUUUUGAUUAGAUUUAUUAAUAAUUGAUAUUGUUAAGAUUACAUGUAAAAUAAGUUUUUCUUUUUUUUCAUCUCGUUUAAAAUCUUUAUUAUUAAAGUUGAUAUAAUUUCUCAUAAUUGUUAUUAUAUAAAAAAAGUCGUAGUCCAUUGCACUUUACUAGUGUAUAAUAAAACUAAACUCAUUUCAACAAUAUGAUAAUGUGUAUGACUACUAAGUUCUGUACAGGAGGUACUACUGUACUGGUGUGAAGAUGAAAUACAAAAUGGAAAGUUCACCUGUGUUACCAGAGUUUGUGAUAAUAUGUUGGUAAAAUAUUGGUUAGUCAGGUGAUUGAGCAUGUAGAGAGGAUGGAAGAUUGGUGAUACAUCCAUUUUCUCUUUCUACUGUUUUAGCCGGUAUCACUGUCAUUGUUUCCUUAUUUGACAUGCUAAUAAAUAUUUGAUUUUCUUAAA